AUGGGUUUUAGUCAUUCAAAUCACUCUCUAACAAACCUAAAUAAUUUAUCAACAUUAACUAUAAAUUUGCUCGACGAAAUCAUAUCUGUAUUCUCUCUGAAUUGUAUCUCUCCAUGGACUUACGACCCUGAUGAUGAAAAUAAUUUAGGACUUCUUCCAGCGUCCCGUUUUGUUAACGUAUCGAGGCAGAUUGGACUCACAUUUACACCUUCUGAGUCAAGGUCAAUUAAUAAGGAGCUUAAGCUAAAAGGCAUUGAGUUUAUUGACGUGGAUACAUUCGUUCAGCUUUUAGAUAAUAAAAUUAGGCUGGAUAGUGAUAUUAAGUCAAAAGUUCCUGAAUUCACCUCUGUCGAAGACUUUUUAGGCCCUAAACUUGACGAAUGUUAUACCAUUUUGGAUUGGCAGAAAAACGGUAAACUCCCCUCAUCUGACCUAAAGCAUAUGCUUUCCUGCUUUGACGAAGGUCAAUUUGACUCUUCUAAACUUAAUACACUUUUUAAAAGUGCUGGACUCACAAAUAAGAGGAUUAUUAGUAAGGAUGAUUUCAGAGCUAUGUUUCUACCUAUCAGUGAUACAUCAUUUUUCUCAGUAAGACUUUUCGAUGAACACAAACCAUCAUAA